GACUCACAAUUCCACAAAAUCUGUCUGAAAUCAUUCAGACCCGGUAGGCUCUCAGUCUUCUGCUUGUAAUUUCGCAGUUAAAUUAAUGCUUUUGUAGCAGGAAAUGGUUUACACUUUCAAUUCUUCAAAGUCACAUCCUGUACGGUUUUUUGUUCUCUUGUAACUCCUAAUCUGUGACCUAAACACCAUAUUUUACAAGACUGCAAAAUGUUCUUUUACAUGUUUGUGUAGUACAAAGAGUUUGAGUAACGUUAAUGAGAUCCAGAUUUUACUGUCGUCUCUCUCUCUCUCUCUCUCUCUCUCUCUUUUUGAUGUAACGCAUGCUGUGAUACAAAAACAUUGAACACGGACCUGAGAUAAUAUCUAAUCAUAUGUCUGUAAUUUUAGUCUGCUUGGAGGGGGGAUCUGGUGUUUUAAAAAAUAUUUUAAUUCUGAGAAAUGUUUCUAAGAGAGUAGAACAAAUGGGCGGAGACGGAAGACAUUUAACCCGAGAUUACAACAACAACAAGAAGAAAGACCGCGCAGUCUGUUUUCAAUUCACUGCGAGCGGAAGCAUGGAGAAAGGUUUUUCUUUGCCUUGCUGUGAUCAUUUCUGUUUUUUGGUAGAACGACGAAACAAAAGAAAGAAAAAAAAAGCGUUAUCAAGGGGAAGGGGGUAUUUUCCUGUACACGUUACAGAGUUUUUAGUAAACAUCCCCUGGUGCUUCUUUUUAAAGCAGCACUAGUGAACGAUCAGAGACCAUCAUAUAUGCCAAAAAAUAUGAAGUGGUUUAGGAAUGUAAAUAUCUAUAAUUGUGUCUGCAGGAUUUUCAAUAACUGCAGCAUAUUAACAGUAGCACAGUUCAGUAUUUCAUGAGGUUUGUGGAAAUGCUAAUUAUCUCUUUUAGUGAUUAGUGAAUGAUUUCAAAGGUGUUGCUGUUUAACAGAUAUAAAUAUAAGAUGAUGUUAUGUUGAGUUGCUUUGUUUGUCUAGAUGUGGUGCAAUUGUGUUGCAGCAUGCUCACUGCCUCCUGUAGCUAUAGAUAGAUAGAUAGAUAGAUACAACUUUAUUGUCAUUGCAAAGUACAGGUACAUAGCAAUGAAAUGGUGUUUAGCAUCUACCAGAAGUGCAAAUAGUAGAAAUUGUGCAAAUGAACAAGUGCAGAUAAAUAUGUACAUCGAUAAAUAUGUAUGUUAGAGUGUGCAUAGAAAAGUAUGUGCAGGUAGUAUUUACAGCAGAUAAAGUGACAGGUGUAAUUAUAAUUGUGCUAAAAUUGUGUGUGUUAUAUAGCUAAUAGAAGGGCAAUUGGUGCAGGAAUCCUAGUUUUUGCUCUGUGACCAUUUUCAAUGGUGAAGGGUCUGUAGACUGGACUGUUGCCAGGGUUGCUAAAGUCCCCUUUUUGAAGCAUACUUGGAGGCCUCCAAUAUCCUGUUUUAUAGCAUGUCUAUUAUGUACAGAAACGUUCUAUUGUAAGACAUGGUGCAAAUGAUUAGAAGAAGUAGAAGAAUGGGUAUUAUGGUGUCUGUGUAUUAGAAAUGAAUGUAAAUACACCAGAGUGAUCUUGUUUCUCACACCCUUUCUAGCUCAAAUUGCUUUCGCACUAGUUUCAGUUGUUUUUUUACUGAGAUGUAGUUGGGUUGGACAUUUUUUGGAAACCUGGCUGUUUAAUGAUAUGUACACUGGGACUGGUGACAGGAUAUACACCUGCUGUAGAAAACAAAGAUGAAUAAAGGUGCUGCGUUUGUAACUCUGCACUCUCUCACUGGUACUUUGAAAGAGAUGGACAGUAUUUCUGCAAAAAGGACUACUGGACUCGCUUUGGAGAACAGUGUUGUGGAUGCUCAGAGAUCAUCACCACUGGCGUCAUUAUGGUGGCGGGAGAAAGCAAGUAUCAUUCAGAAUGUUUCAUCUGCGAACAAUGCAGCAUGUUCAUUGGAGAUGGCGAUUCAUACGCUUUAGAGGAGCAUUCCAAGUUAUACUGUGAGCAGUGUUAUUAUCAGCGUGCAUCAGAAAGGCAUCCAGGGACAGGAUGUUUCCAGCUUCCUCACACUGUGGCGCUGGUGUCAUUUCCUGCCACAGCAGACAGCAGGAGAGGUCUGGCGUUCACUGUAGAUCAGUGCCCUGUCAAUGGAAACAGCCCCAUUAUCAAAGUAUCUCAGUUAGAUUCGUCCACAAUCAGUCCUGAAAUUAAGGAAAUGAUUCACGUUGGAGACUCUGUCCUUGAAAUCAAUGGAAGAGCUGUUCAAAACAUUCCACUUGAUGAGAUUGACCCGUUGAUCCAUGACAUUGAGCACUGCCUGAAACUCACUGUUGAACACAACCCCGGUGGCCUUUCUAGUCCAGAGGAUCGAUCUUGUCUGUUGGACGAGGAAGCAGACCAACCAGGGAAUUUAGACUUCUUCCCGCCUCACAAACACGGUGUCCGCCACCGCUCCAGAAACAUUAUACGCAGUUGCAGCAUUGAAAAAAGCCCGUGUUCCCAAAGCCACUUGCCGCUGCUCUCUAACAGAAGAAACAUUAAUCGCUCAGAAUCUUUGCGUGUCGAUCCAGUUGACAAAACUCAGCGCAUCUUCUGUCCCUCCGACCUGAUAUACGGAGAAGUUCUUGGCAAGGGCUUCUACGGACAAGCCAUCAAGGUGACACAUCAGCAAACAGGUGAAGUCAUGGUGAUUAAGGAACUUCUUCGUUUUGAUGAAGAGACCCAGACAACAUUUCUCAAGGAGGUCAAAGUGAUGCGCUGUCUGGAUCACCCAAACGUCCUGAAGUUUAUUGGAGUUCUUUACAAAGACAAGCGAGUAAACUUCAUCUCGGAGUAUGUGCCAGGAGGGACUCUGAGGGAAACCAUACAGAAAAUGGGCAGUGAUCAUCCAUGGAAACUAAGAGUAAGCUAUGCAAAGGACAUUUCUGCAGGAAUGGCCUACCUACAUUCCAUGAAUGUGAUCCAUAGAGAUCUGAACUCACAUAACUGUUUUGUUAGACAGAAUCAUUCUGUCGUGGUGGCGGACUUCGGGUUGGCCCGACUUCUGAAGGAGGAUAAAUCUCAGAUAAAGAAUCCAUCUCCUGAGCAAGCAUCAAAACUGAGUAAGCCACAUAGGAAAAAAAGAUAUACAGUGGUAGGGAACCCAUAUUGGAUGGCACCUGAGAUGAUGCGAGGUAUUAGCUAUGAUGAACGUGUUGAUAUCUUCUCCUUUGGAAUCAUUCUCUGUGAGAUUAUUGGCAGAGUUUAUGCAGAUCCAGACUAUCUCCCCCGCACUAUGGAAUUUGGACUUGGUGUCAAGGAAUUUCUAAACCGCUACUAUCCAGCAGAAUGUCCAUCAGCCUUCUUUCCUCUUGCAGCACUUUGCUGUGACACAGAAGCUGAAAAGCGGCCCUCAUUUGCCAAGCUAGAAGAAUGGCUAGAGAGCUUGCUGAUGCAUCUGGACAUCAGGCUUCAUCUGAUCUCAGAUCUGGAUAAGGUGCAAAAAGCUUUUUGGGAAAACCACACUGAAAUUCAGCAUAAUAAUGGUUUCCAGUCGGAACAAAAAGAGAGGCGAGUGUCGAAUCAGGAGUGAUGCUCAGUGUUUACUUCAUCACUGUGUUUGAAGAAACUCUGGACAAGCUAAGAACAAACUGUGAAGGGAAAAUUUGUUAAUGGAUGUGGGCAUUUCUAGAACAAACUUCACUCCCUUUUAAUGGCUAUUUUUUUACUGUGGCAAUUUAGCAAUAAUAAGGGAGCUUGUAAUUAUAGUGGCAUGGGAGGUUAUAAGUUCAUAAAUUAAGGCACAUACUGGAAGUUAGCAGGAUUUUUGUCUGGCUAAUAUACUAACUUAUAAAAAUGUGAAUCUAUAUGCUUAAAUCCGGGUACAAACUGCCUAAUUUAUAGUUUUAACUUAAUUUUUGUAAAAGUUGCUCUACAAUCUCUACACAUAAUUUAUUUAUAUAAACAAUGUGUGGCUAUUUCAAGUGCAGACCUUUUUUUAAAAAAAAAAAAACCUGUCCUAAAAUUUCUACCAUGGAUAAAUUCUUUAUAGAUUUUAUGAA